CUUGACUAACUGCUACUACAAUGUCAAACUCGCACCGACCCAACAUGACAACAUUCAGAGGCACAAUAGAGGCUUGGGUGCACAAGGCGCUCAAGCCGUACAGGAAGAUGAGCAAGAAGAGCAAGUACACGUUCUGGGGUAUCUUUGCAGCGCACAUCAUCGCCGUGGCGAUCAUCAUGAUCAUCACGCCGAAGCGCAUCGGCCACUUCUUCAACGGCAUCGCCGUCAAGCUCCAGGAUAUGGGCUGGAAGGGCAUGCUCAUCAUGUCGCUCGCCGUCAUCCUCUCAUCCCACCCGCCGCUCUUCGGCUUCUCGGGCUCGAUGACGCUCAUCGGCUUCGCGUGGGGCAUCUGGCCUGGCUUCCUCAUCGCGUCGCUCGCUGCCCUCGCCGGCGCAGCUCUCUCCUUCCUCUCCGUCAGAGUAGGUGUACAGUUGUUCGAUUUACCUAACGCCCAGCUCUUCUUCCUGGACUGGAUGCGCCGCAUGGGCACGGGCAGGAACAAGCAGUGGGAGGCAUUCGGACACGUCAUGCGGGAGAAGGGUUGGCCGCUCGUCGCCAUGAUCAGGUGGUGCCCGCUUCCCUGGGCCAUUGGCAACGGACUGUUUGCGUCCAUCGAUGGUCUCGAGUUCUGGCACUUCAUGCUCGCCAACGUCCUCUACCUCCCCCGCCUCUUCAUCCCCGUCUUCAUCGGCUCGCGCCUCAACUCGCUGACGGACGACGGGCCGGACAACAAGCCCGACCCGCUUCGCUUCAUCCUCAACAUGCUGUCCAUCGGCGGCUCGGUACUCAUCUCCAUCGCCACGGGCGUGUGGAUCUACCGCCUGACGCUGGAGCAGAUUCGCAAGCUGGACAAUGGCGAGCCGGGCGAGGGCGAGCUUGCGGCCGAGGCACUAGAGAGCACGGCCCUGCUCGGCGACUUCAGCGACGACGAGGAAGUAGAGGAGCUUAUCCCCCGCUAGACUACGACCGCCUGUACAACCGAUAGAGUGCUUGUGUCUUGUGUCCAUCUAUACAACAAUUACAUGUAGAACUAUGCGU